UGUUUGUAUGUAUGCGUAUGACCCAUAGACUAUGUGUGUGUAUAUAUAUAUUAUAAAUAUUGGAUGUUUGUGUGUUGGAAGACCAGCCCAAGUAGUAAACUCAUGCGUAAAGGUCUUUCGCCAUUGAACUCUCAUAGAGGAAGGAGCUCACUCGUUGCGCACAGCAUUAUUUCAGUGAAACGCAUCAUUAGCUACUGUUUAUAUCGAACAUUAUGGCGACUAAAUCAGGGAAAGCUAAAUCCAAGUCUAGAUAUACAGAUGUCCACCAGAUUAUUGACAAAAUAGAUAGGGAAAGUGAGACAGAUUUGCUCCUGGAAGAAGAUUCUGUUAGCGAGCAUAGUAGCUAUGACUCCGAAGUGGAAGACUGUUUUCUGCAUGGAGAGGACAUCGCUUUGGACUGUGCCUCAGACUCACCAAUGUCAAGGUGUCCAUCCCCCACUAAAGCUGGUCCAUCCAGCCAGACCCCUGCUGUCUCUGGCUCCACACCUCCCGGGCCAUCUAGAGGUGUGAAGGCACUGACAAAGAAGCGAGGGGAAGUGUGCAACCUGCCAAGAAAGGGACAGACGAGUGGCACACUGUCCUCGAAGCAGACGUGGAGCCACCUCAACCAACAUUUAGGCCGAAAAGGAAGCCAGGACCACAGCUGAACAUGACUGCAGGUUACAGCCCCCUUCAGCUUUUUCAGUUAUUUUUCACAUUAUCAGUUGUAGAUUCUCUCGUGUGUAACACAAAUAAGUAUGGGGCGAAGAAGCACGCGGGCAAAAAAGUAGCAUGGAAGCCCAUUUGCAUGUCUGACUUUUUCUCCUACCUUUCACUGGUCAUCUACAUGGGGCUGGUGAAGCUGAAAACCCUGAAGGACUACUGGAGAACAUCACCUCUCUACCAACUACCUUUCCCCAUGUCUGUCAUGUCAUGCAAAAGGUUUCUGCUUCUCUCACAGGCACUUCAUAUCAGCGACCCAAAAGAUGAUGAAGAGAAUGACAAGAAGAAAGGCACAGCAACAUUUGAUAGACUAUGCAAAAUCAAGCCUCUCUACCUCAGCAUUGUUGAUGCCUGCAAGACCUACUUUCAGCCUGCACAGAACCUGUCCAUAGAUGAGAGGAUGGUAGCCUCAAAGGCCAGAAUCAGCCUCAAACAAUAUAUGAGAAACAAACCGACCAAGUGGGGUUACAAGCUGUUUGUUUUGGCUGAUUCUGUGUGUGCCUACACUUGCAAUUUCUUCGUUUAUGAGGGGAAGAACACUUGUGCUACCGGUAAGGGACUUAGCUAUGACUCUGUAAUGGAGUUAUUGGAUUUUCAACUGCUGGGGAAGGGCUACAAACUGUUUGUAGACAACUUCUACACAAGCCCUUCCCUGUUCACAGACCUGAGGAAGCGGCAUGUAUGGGCUUGUGGCACCAUUCGCACCAACAGGGUGGGCUUUCCGAAGACAAAGGUGAAUGACAUGCCUAAGCGCGCUGAGCGGGGUACCAUGCGAUGGAUCCGUGAAGAUGGCCUUCUCUUUGUAAAGUGGAUGGAUACCAGAGAGGUGGUGAUGUGCUCAACAAUCCACAAAUCCUACAGUGGCGAUAACAUAGUAAGGCGGGUGAAGAGCGCUAAUGGGGCAUGGACCACAAAGAAUGUCCCCAUUCCAGCUGCUGUGAAGGACUACAACAAGAGGAUGGGCGGUGUGGACCUGUCAGAUGCGCUGAUAGGCUAUUACAACGUUCUGCACAAGACGACAAAAUGGUACAAGACGUUCUUCUACCAUUUCAUCGACAUCGCUGUAGUGAAUGCGUUCAUCCUACACAAGGAAAUUGCUAAGAGCUGUGGAAAGCCCCCCAUCUCACAGCUAGCUUUCAGAGAGCAGCUCAUCAGGGAGCUUGCUGACUACAGCACCACUGCACCUGUUGCACCUGUUGCACCUGUCCCUUCUGCUGCUGCAACAAGUGUUCAUCUGCCCAAAUGUAUUUCUGCAGGCAUGGAUGUGCCUCAGGGCCAAAAGGGCACAGCAUGGAGGCGUCGUUGUGUUCUCUGCAAAAUGAAGUCUCCCAUCACCUGCACCACAUGCUUGGUGACCCUUUGCUUUACAGCAGAAAGAGACUGCUAUGGCACAUGGCAUAAGCAGCACAAUAUUGUGUAGAGGACGUAGGGUCUUCCAAAUAUUGAAAGUGUGUCUUCUGAUCCCUCCUGUCUCAGCCUCCAGUAUUUAUGCUGCAGUAGUUUAUGUGUCGGGGGGCUAGGGUCAG